GCUUAGAAAAGAGAUCUGCUCCAGAAACUGGUCACUGAAAUAGACCAGCUAACAUUGCUACUCUGGGAGAAAUAACUUGCUGCCGGGUCCUAAAGGCAGCACGCGGCUUAUCAAGCAGCAGCGGCAUUUUUGAACGCAGGUUACUUGCGAGCAGACCGUGAAGUUAAAGUUUUAUCGCCAAUAGCAAAUCGUGACAUUGUGACUGGACACGACCUGGAAAGUGAGAAGGUUAUCAGGUGUAGGACCUGUCUGCAUAAACCAGAAACAAUUUGAGUGGUAUGAACUAAACCAGAGGAAAUGGUUUGAAUACUUCCAACAGACUUUUUUGGCAUUGGAGCCAGAAAGGAGAAAAGCCUCAUUUUUAAGUAUGCAAGAAUCAACAACUUUGUUUUUAGAGAAGACUCAAAGUCCAACCAAUGUAAAUGGAGAGCAAUAUGACUCAGAUGCAUGCUCUGGAGGUGAGGACCUUGACUUCAACUGGGAUGAUUAUCUUGAAGAAACUGGUGCAAGUCCUGCACCCCACAACUCAUUCAAACAUGUUGAGGUCAGCCUCCAGAGUAGUUUCCAGCCAGGGAUGAAGUUGGAAGUUGCUAAUAAAAAUAAUCCUGACACCUAUUGGGUAGCAACAAUCAUUACCACAUGUGGUCAGCUUUUACUCCUGCGCUACAGUGGAUAUGGAGAUGAUCGCAGGGCAGAUUUUUGGUGUGAUGUCAUGACUGCUGAUUUACACCCUGUUGGAUGGUGUUCACAAAAUAAAAAGUCACUGAGACCUCCUGAAGCGAUUUGUGAGAAACAUGGAGACUGGACAGAGUUUCUAAUUCAAGAUUUGACUGGUGCAAGGACAGCUCCAGCAAACCUUCUGGAAGGGCCACUAAGAGGGAAGAAUGCUGUGGACCUUAUUACCCCAAAAUCUCUUAUUGAACUUCAGGAUUAUCAAAAUCCUUUUCAAUACUGGAUAGUCCGUGUCAUUGAGAAUGUUGGCGGCAGAUUAUGCUUGCGUUACGAAGGUUUGAAUGAUAUUGAAAAACAUGACCAGUGGUUGUUUUAUCUGGACUAUAGACUUCGGCCGGUGGGAUGGUGCCAGGAAAACGGCUGCAAGCUAGAUCCACCCACAGAAAUCCAGGAUCUUAAAAGUGACACUGAAUGGAAAGAUGCCCUUGAAAAGGCUCUGUCUGAAGCUGAAAAAUUCUCAUUGCCUCUAGAGGUGUUUAAGGACCAGCCUGAUCUGAGGACUCAUUGCUUCACAGUUGGCAUGAAGUUAGAGGCAGUAGAUCCAAGGGAGCCCUUUUCUAUCUGUCCUGCCACAGUAACUAAGGUUUUUAAUGACCAGUAUUUUAUGAUCACAAUUGAUGAUUUGAGGCCAGAUGCUCGUGAAAACUCUGUGCUUUGCCAUGCUGAUUCACCAGGAAUCCUUCCUGUUCAGUGGUGCCUUAAAAAUGGUGUCCAUCUCACUCCACCCAAGGGAUAUCCUGGUUUAGACUUUGACUGGGCUGAUUAUCUUAAACAGUGUGGGGCAGAGACACUUUCUCAGUACUGCUUCAGAAAUACUUCGCUCAGUCGAGGCUUCACCAAAAAUAUGAAGUUGGAGGCUGUCUCCCUUAGUAACCUGGCAGAAAUAUGCGUUGCUUCAAUCACAAAAGUAAAAGGUCGAUUAAUGUGGCUUCACCUUGAAGACUGUAAGAGAUCUGUCCCCGAAUACAUUGUUGAUGUCGACUCAAUGGAUAUUUUUCCAGUCGGUUGGUGUGAAGCAAAUGGAUACCCUUUGACCCCGCCAUAUCGUGCAGUCUGUCCAAAGCAGAAGAAAAUUGCAAUAGUCCAACCAGAAAAACAACUUCAUGCCAUACCUGUGGAACCGGUCCCUCAUGAGUCUUGCCCGAUCACAACAGAAGCUGGUACUACCAAUGGCAAGUACUGCUGUUCCAAAAUAUAUUUCAAUCAUCGCUGUUUCUCAGGUCCAUAUCUCAACAAAGGACGAAUAGCAGAACUUCCUCAAUCAGUUGGACCUGGAAAAUGUGUGCUUGUUCUGAAGGAGGUUCUUACUCUAUUGAUUAAUGCAGCCUACAAACCAGGCCGUGUGCUACGGGAGUUGCAGCUUGAAGAUGACCCAGAAUGGAACUGUCAGGAAGAGACACUGAAAGCCAAGUACAAAGGGAAAACAUACAGGGCAAUUAUGAAAAUUGUAAGGACAGCAGAUCGGGUUGCAGAUUUCUGCAGAAGGACUUGCAUGAAGCUAGAAUGCUGCCCAAACUUGUUUGGACCGCUCAUGGUUACUGAGAAAUGUCCUGAGAACUGCUCUGUUCACACAAAAACGAAAUACACUUAUUACUAUGGAAAAAAGAAGAAAAUCAUCAGGCCUCCUGUUGGAUAUAACCCCUUAGAAAACAACAACAAAAAACCCGCUAAACGCAGGAAAAAGCGUAGGUCGUGUUUUGUCCAAAAGAAAAAGCGCUCAUCCACGUCAGUGGAUUGUGCUCCACAGGAAAAUGGAGAGGAGAAGGAAGAUGGACAAGAUAUGAUAGAAGAUGAAACUGGAAGUGACGGAACAAGCUCUGAGCAGCGCGAUGAUCAAACGGAUACAUCUUCUGAAUUGCCUGAUGUCAAACCAAAACGAUUACGGCGAUUGAGAUCAACAUCAGAACUACCCCGGCCUCACAAAGUAGACAGGGCAAAGCUAAAGAGAAGGGUGCGGACAUUGUCACUUUCAGAGGAUGACAAAUAUGAUUCACUCAAAUGUUCAGCACCGAAGGAAAUUAGACAAAACGAAGAAGAUAAACUUGUGCUAGAGAGUAAUCCAUUGGAAUGGUCAGUGGCUGAAGUUGUCAGAUUUAUUAAGUCCACAGACUGUGCACCUCUUGCAAAAAUAUUUCAGGACCAGGACAUUGAUGGCCAAGCACUACUACUGUUGACACUGCCAACAGUCCAGGAAUGUAUGGAGCUUAAACUCGGCCCUGCUAUCAAAUUAUGUCAUCACAUUGAAAGAGUGAAAAUUGCUUUCUAUGCACAGUAUGCUAACUGACUUAAUUUGUCGUGAUUCAUUUUAACAUAUUUUGCCCAGAAUUGUUCCAAAAUGAGCACUGGACCAAGGUGUUCAGCUUUGACGCAAUGGACAGAUAUUCGUCUGAUAACUUGCCAGCUAGGGAAAUGCUGUGAAGUAAACUUAGUGAGUCUUUAUUUGCUGCUCACAUUGAGUGAUAUGAUCAAAAUGAAGUAAGUUGUUAAUAUAGCUGCAAAAGGGCCCCUUUUACGUCAAGAUGGAUGCUACGCAUAUUUGAACAGAAUCAAACACUGAUGGGCAAGUCAUGAAAACACAAUCACAUGUGGACUACUUCAGAUUUGGAUGGAAAAGAGAAAUGUAAAUAAGGAUUACAAAAUGAUAACAGCAGCUAUAAAUGUGAAGAUUUGUCAUUUAAAAGGCUUUUGAGAUUUGCUGAAUCUUCAUGCUUGAAGCCCUGAUUAUCUUAAGAUUGAUAGCACGUUCACAUUGGAAUCAACAGAGAAUAAACAAGCCUGGGCCUGGAGGUACUGAAUAUACUUCUGACAACAGUCCAUCAAUGUGCUGUGCUUGUCAGUUGAACAAUCUUUCCAUACAAUACUCCAGUUCAUUUUGAUUUGGUUGUGUUUUAUAUUUUGCCAGUUGAUUUUUGAAUGUUAUCAUGAAUUAUAAGGAGAAUGUUUAACUACCGUGAUACUGUGCUGUUUAAUUUAGAAUUGGGAACAAGACAGCAUGACAAAGUAAUUGUGCUGCCCAUUAUUGUGCAGAUUUCUUUAAACCUGUGGCCAUUUGCAGCCCAAAAAAAUACUUCAGUUCAGGCUCCCUGAAGUUUAAAUAGAUCAGCACUAUCUUCAAUUAGCUGGAACAGAAUAUUAUAAACCAGAAUUGAGUGUAACACUUCCCUGCAGGAAUGCUUUGAAUGAAUAUUAUCUUAAAAUGAUGAGGUUCCAAUACUGGCACAAUAUAAAUUAUCCCAAAGAAAAUUGAAAAGUUGUACAUGAUUUUACAUAAAGGAAGGAAAGCCGGGUUUGAGGAGGACAUUGUGAUCUACCAUUCUCAUUUCAACUGUUUGAAAGUUGAAUACUGACAACUUUUUAAGUGACUACACUGCAAUGUACAGGUGUUGAGUUGUUUUCAAAUGACACUGCAGUGAUUUUUUAAAAAUAUAUGCUGUCAAACAAAUUUCACAAAAUUACUUUCAACUCCUACAUCUAAAAGAGAAAAUCUGUUUUGUGGUAGACAUUUGGGAUGAAUUAAAUCAUUUGAUUGAAUUUUUGAAUCAUAUUUUGGUGGAACACCACAGGUUCUGGACAAUUUACAGCAAUGUUUAUUUUAAAGCUACUUAUUAGAGAGAUCAUACUUGCUAAUGAUGGGACUUUUUUGGGAACUGAAACAAGCUUUGUGAAGAGCAUUGUCAUAUUUUCUUACACCUAACUAUUUCGUACCAACAUGCAUCAUAAUCUAGUGAGUCAACAUAGCACAGUAGAAUAUCAAAAUUGAUGCAAGACAGCUACAAUUUUACAUCAUCCUUUAAUGGACUAAAAACCCCAAUUUAAAAAUGUGCUUUCCAGAGUAUCUAGAUUUGAUCAUUUCAUCUGCACAUUAAAUGUUAUUAAGCUCCUGAAGAUAUUGUCACAAUAUAUCCAUGCUUCAUACUGAGAGUUGCCAUUUAGAGUGCAGCGAAUCUGAAAUGUUUGGAACGUAUUUACUCUGUAGACUAAUUCAUAAUUUAUUAUAAUUAAAUUGUGAUGCAUUUUAUGCAUCGAAUGUUCAGACAUUAUUUUUCUUCCAGCAAUCUGUUUUCCAAAUCUUUUUCUCAUACAAAAAAAAUUAAAAAGGAUUUUUUUUUAACAAUGACAGCUAUUGUGCAAACUACACUUUUGCAGUUCCAUAAGAACUCAAUUUUAAAAAGAAAUUCUAGACUUCAAAUUUCUCCACCAUUUAAUAUUGAAGGCACUUGACACCUCUUACCUAAGUGCAGCAGUGGCAGAUUAUUGAAGUGUGCAAUGUUGAACCAUAAUUCUUUCUAAUCAAAGAUAUUUGCUGUCAUAAAAGUUAAUUAAGAGUCAAUGUUACUAGAUAUUUUAGGUAAUCUGCUCAUCCAAUUCUCUAUGUAUGCCAUUUACAAUGUACACAUAAUUGUGUGCAUUCAAAGAUGCAUUUGGUGUUUCUGUGUAAAUCAGUGCAGGAACCUUACUAGUUCAUUUUAAAGUGAGCAACUAUAUGGUUGAUUUGAAGAUAUUAAUUGGCAGACUGGAGAGAGGUGGCCCCAUGUUCCAGUGUGUCUCAUGCAGACUUGCCAUAAAUUGCAGAAAUUCAGUGUGACCUAUUGCUUCCCUUUCAGUGACGUGGAAACAAAUCUUUGGGUUAAAAAGUUCAAGAGGACAACAAAGUGAGGAACAAAAGAAUGAAAAACCGAAUCUUUAAACAUUAAAUUCUGUUUCGUGGUACCAGACACUUUUUAUGUAGUAAAAUCACAUUACACAUGCAUUUUCUGUGUGAAUUCUUUAGAAGUACAAUUUUGAAAAUCUAAUGUUAAACUUCCUUAUUACUGUCUUUCUGGAUAUUAAAAUAUAAAAAUAAAAGCAUAUGUGGGGAGUACUAGUAACCAGUCAUUUUAUUCACUUAUAAUAAAAUCUUUUGUGAGGAGCUUUGAGUGACAAAUAUGUUUUCUAUUUCUAAAACAUAAUAUUAUAAUUAAAAUAGCGUGAGAUCAGUUCUUUGUUGUUUCCCACAUAUAAAAAUUUACGUUUAUUAAACAGUACUUUACUUUUAUAAUGAACUCAUUUUUGCAAUCUCUGACAAAUUUUAUUAUCCUACACUAAUAAAAAGUUGGUGUCUUAGUGUUCAGUAAACCAGUCACGCCUAGAUAUGGCUUUGAGUACAGAUGAUGCUUACCCCGAUUACUUUGUCUGAAUGUACAGAAACAAAAAUGUUUGGAAGUGAACAUGCUUUUUAAGUUUGCUUUGUUUAAAAAAAUUCAAGGCAAAAUAUGGAGAAAAGGCUUUAAACUAUUCAGCUUGAUUCUUAAUAACAUUGAAACAAACUUUAGCAAUGAUCUCUAUAGCUAUCAAACUGCAGUCUUUGCAAUAUUUAAUUUUAAAAUGUACAUUUUCUUACGGAAGAAUUCACAUUGAAAAUACAUGAAACAGCUGUACAGAAGGGAGCUAUUAUUAAGGAGUCAGUAGCAAUGGAACUUUGUACUUUAAUAUAUUCCUUGUCUCAGUGUGUACAAUAAUUUUAUUAAGACCAUAAGCAAUUUCAUAGCUGUAAAGCUCUCUGUUGCCUGCUGGUAUCACAUCUAUUGGGACUGCUAUUUGCCUAUAGAAGUGCCUCAGCAAACCUUGUGCCUGUAUUAGAAUGACAUUAGUAAGAUUGUCUGGAGAUGUGAUGUUGGAUUCCUCGGGAAUUAUGUGAAAUGGGCCCUAUUCACUAUAUUGAAGGUGUAAACACGGUUAAAAAGCUGGCAAAGUGAUUUUUAUCUGUAUUUAACAAAACCGAUACUAAGAAAGAGUAUUGUUACUGUAAAUUGAAACAGGAUAAAAAUCAAAUGACUUUAUUCCUUACUAAUAUAAAGUGUAAUGUCUGACUUUCCUCUGUUGUCAUUCAGCUCAGUGAUAGCAUUCUGCCACAAUGUUUUUCUAUAUCAGAAUAGGAAAAUAUCCGAAAUCAUUACGUCAAUUACUAUCAGCAAAUUAAUUAGCUGGAGUUUCACGAGGUUAAAGUCAACACCACUAUGCAAGCUAUAUUCAGGAAUAUUUGGAACACUUGGAAGACUCGGAAGAUUUGAUUAAAUUCAACUUCAGUGAGAACAUGAAAUGGGUGGCAGUGGAUCACGAGUUUUCCAUUACAUCAAAUGGAAAGAGUAAGUAGGCAAGUGUAUUAUGGCUGUCCAAUCAAAUACUACCCAAUUUAUGCCCUACCAAAGUUGAAUUUCACCCCAUUGGUAUUAAAGGUUUUGAUGUACAUGUUGCUGCAGAGCAAUUAUUGCAUUUUGUUUAUCUUACUUCUGUAUUUGGGGUAGGAGAAUUGCACAUUCCAUUUUAAUGUGUAUAUGGUGUUCUGUUGUUGUAUUUUUUAAACAGAGUACAUAUAUCAGUGUUUUUUCCCAGAUCAGUAGAAUGAUGUGCAGAUGACACUGAGGUAAUAUGUGGAGCUGUGCAUUGUAAUUGGUUAUCUUGCAUGUUAUGCUUAAUAAAACUGUAAUAAAUAUUGCUGUUGCUGCUUAAUUUCUGAAGGACAAUAUAUUGCUUUGUUAAACAAUUCAUUGUUUAUAAAUUUUGUAUAUAUUUUGAAGAAUUAACCCUGCGCUAUUGACGUUACAGCCUUUAAGUAUCAUGUAUAUGUUUUCUGAAGAUUGUUUAGUUCAUUAAAAUACAUUAGUUUCUUUGCCAGAAUCUAAUGUUUGUACAGCUAAGAAACCCAGAAAAAAAAACUGACCUAUUUUGAUGCUAUUACAUUUAGUUGAUUGUACUUUCAGUAAAUCUGUUUCA